ACAAUCCCAGGCGGGGAAGGAGGUGUCGGGCGUCGCGACUCUCCUGCGGGAUUCCCUCGUGAUUGCGGGCUCCUGGCGAGGCCCUUUGGCACCUGCAGGAGGCGAGGGCGAGGGCGUGGAUGGGCUCUUUCGCUGAGGUGGCCAGAAGCGCCAGAAGGAUGGGGGAGCCACGGAGGUGUUGGCUGCGGUGGCACAACUACAGUGAUUCGGUGACGUCGGCAUUGGAGUCUCUUCGGUAUGAUGAGGACUUCUUGGAUGUAACAGUGGCGUGUGAGGGACGUACGAUACGAGCCCACAAAUUAGUGCUCUCUGCCUGUAGUGCUUACUUCAGAAAGGUGCUAAAGGACCAUCCAUGUGACCACCCCAUAAUUAUUUUGGAUGGUUUAGGAUGGAGAGAGGUUGUGGCCUUAUUACAUUUCAUGUAUUGUGGAGAAGUUGUCGUGGAGGAAGAAGAGUUACCAAACCUUUUGAGUGCUGCGUCCAACUUAAGUGUGACUGGAUUAACUCAUGUUACCAUGGCAUUAGCAAGUACACAGGCAACUGGUGAAGAAGACACAGAUGAAGACUAUGAAGAUGAUGAGGAAGAAGAAGAGGAAGAGGAGAAAGCAACAAAGUUACCAGAAAGCACCCAUGUAUCAAAGAAGGAGGAGGCAGAGAGUGAAAAAGAUUCCUCAUACGAAAGCGAUGCACCGCCUGCCUCUAAGAGGCAACGCAGAGACUCCAGCAGUACUCAGGAGACAAGUUGCACUAACAAGGAGCCCUUGGACGAAUCACAGACGAGUAGAAGAAAUUCAGUUUCUUCUAAAAAAGACAACUCAAGUCCCCCCCCGGUAGUGACCAAUGGCUUGACUCCCACCACGCAAGCAGGCCAAGCAGCCACACCUGUCCCCAGCAACCCUGCCACUGAUGUCAGAGAAGAGAAAGAAGAGGACAAGGAAAGUACUAAAGUCUCUAAGGAGAAAAAGACAGUCAGCAAAGACAAAACAAAAGGGAAGCUGGUUAAUGGGAACAACCAUAUCAAAGAAGAAAUGGAGGAAUACUUGGAGGAUGACUUCGAGGGAAGCAGACCUGAAAAUGGUGAUUCAGAUUACGUAAAGAAUUUGUCCGAUCCUGAAAAGUCAUCUGGCGGCUCAGUCACAGAUAGCAUAGCAGAGAGUGCAGCGGCACCAGUAACGCCUCCUUUAAGUGGUGGUGUUAAUUAUACUGCAUUGUUAACCAGGGGAAUCUUGCCGUCUGUUACAAACAUGAAGACAGACACGAUCCUCAUCUCCCCCUUUGCACUAAGUGACAAAAUAGUGCAGAAGGUCCUCCUCCCCGCACAGCCAUCCACUGGAGCUUCCCCCUCUUGCACAUCACCCAGCUCAAGCACAACGUCUGUCACAACUCCUACUGCAACACUCAGCACAAACAGUCAGACGGACACCUCUCCAAGCCAGCCCUACAUUCAACCACCCUUGGUCUCUGUGCAAGAGGUCCAAGCUACACUAGAACAAUACCAACGGAAGCUUGCCUUUCAUGAGCCAAGACCAUGCCCGACGUGCAAAAGGAUGUACCGAGAUGCUGCCACCUUGCGGACACACAUGGCCAUCAUGCAUGCUGAAGGCAGAGAACCUUUCUCAUGCACAUGUGGGGCAUUGUUUCGUACAAAAUAUGACAUGUACCAACACAAGAAGAAUGGUCAUCGAUAAGCUUGACAAGUGAACUUCAAGGCCAAAGAACAAGCUGCGAUGUAGAGCAAGGAAAACCUGGAGAUAGGCAGGUAGUUGUGUCACCAUUACAACUGCUAUAUAUGUGGCAAAAUGAUAAACCAUGCCAAAGAUAAGGAAUAUGGUAGUUGUGUACCAAACUGGGAUUGUCUGGUGUAGGAAUGCAUUUCAGAAAAUAUUGGAACUGAAUAGUAGAGAUGUAUAAUGCCUCCCUAAUGAUCUGGCAUUGGUAUGGAUUGAUAUUUGGUUCUUUUAGAAAAGUUAUUACAAUGCCAUUUUUUUUCAUUUGUACAUUUAUCUUUAUCAUUAUAAUGAGUUAUUAUUAUUACUAUUAUUGUGAUUAUUAUUAUUAUUAUCAUUAUUAUUAUUAUUAUUAUUAUUAUUAUUAUUAUUAACAAAUUUCACUUCUAGAAGUGAUUAAAUGAACUAUUAUUUGACUUCAAAGGCUUCUUAUGUUUUUAUCAUCUGAAACUCAGUCAGAAGCAAUGGGUGAUGGCAUGUCUCUCUACCUAAUUAUCUUGGUGUUCCAGAUUCCUUUUGCUGUAAUGCUCGAGUCGCAUUUAGGCUAUGUCUUGACACAAGAUUAGAUCUCUUGCUCAAGUUACCCAAACCAAGUGUGCCCUCUGAUCUGCCACAUUGGCAGCGUCAGAUACUCCUUUAACCGUUGAACCAAGUAUUGCCUUUUGCAGUGUUGGUAGCUUUUGAAACUUCAUGUACUCCCACUCUCGUCUGUUGUGGCAGUUUGAAGUCAUCUGCUAGCGUUGGAUAGUAGUUAUGACAACUUUUUGUGACUAACUCUGGUGCUCUUGUCAUUUUCCCAGUGUGUAAGCUUUCUUAGCAGGACUUGUGCUCCUUAUCAUGUGGGGUGAUAAGUUUUUCCAAGUGUCUUAAGGUAUGUGUGAGUAUGAUGAAAAUGGAAUGUUUUGUUGCACAAAUAUGCUUGAUUGUCCUCAAGCUUGGAGGAAUACUUUGCUUUAAUGAAAUAUGAAGACAGAUGGUUGAUGUAAAUAUUUUUUUAUUGAUGUACUUGUAUUUAAGAAAACAAACCACUCUAGAAAGAAAGCAUUGAAAUGGAGGUAUUACCAUUUCUGCUUUUUGCAGAAUCUUUUCACACAGCCUUUUGAAGCAGGCAGUUGUAUCUGCAAGCCUUAGAAAGAGCUUUUAUACUAACCUAUUUAUGGUAUUUAUUUUUGUUUCAUUAUUUCUUGUUUACACUUUGAAAUUUGAAAUUGUUAAUCAUUAACAAAGAUUUGGGUAAACCACGAAAAUGAUCUCAGUCUAGAGACGAGAAAGGCAAUCAUGAAAUAUGUCUUACAAGUAUUUUUGAUACUUGAGCAGAGUGUGUAUGUUUGAGGGUUAUUGUGAUUUAGUGAAACAAAAGGCAUGCAGGUGGUGGCAGAAUACUGUUUUUGCCCACAAUGUGAUGUUAUAUAACACCUUUAUGUACACAUGAAGAUAGCAUGUGGUCCAAAGGGAGCAACUUAUAUUUGUUUAUGCCAGUUUGAUCAUUGUUACCAAACAAACCACCUAGAGGUUUAGGUGAUUAAUCUUCCAACCAUCUGGAAGAAGGUUGUGUUUUUGUUAUAUAAAAUUAGGUUGAGGGAAAGUUACCACCAACUAGAUUUAGUGUUGCACAUUUUCUUUAAACACUUACGUUGUUACCAAUUAGUGGUAUUGAGUAGAUACGUCUAUAUUUCUACUUAGUCUUUAUUUUUUUUAUUCGAUUGAAUGGAACCAGUGAUAGUACAUUUCCACUUGAAAAACCAAAUAUGUAGCCAAAUUCUGAAUACAGUGUAGUGAUGGAAAAUUGUCAAAUUUACAGAGAUAUUCUGUAUUUGUCCAUUUAAUGUUAUUGAAUAUUGUACCAGUGAAAAGCAUCAUAAAGAUAGGUCAUGGUUGUAUGGCCAGGUUUUUACCCAGUGGUUAUGUGCCCAAGCAUUUACCAGUAGUUCUUCACCUAGGCAGUUUCCAAAUUUGUUUAUAUCUGUAUACCUUAAGCAUGUCAUGUUUUAUCAGUAAUUUUUGUACAAGACUCAUUCAUUUGUAUCGUGUUCAAACAACUGCAAAUUAACCAGUGAUUACUUGCCUUGUCUUGAAAGAGUUUAAGAUUGAUCUAGAUAGGAUAGAUUGAGAAAAGAAUCUACUUUUAGAAGUUUGUAAUAAGAUAUUUUAUAAGGUUUUUAUACAUAAAAUGUAAGAGCCUAGGUGUUGAGGUAUUGUUGUUCGCUUAGGUACUUAAAGUUGUAAGUAACUGACUUUAUACUUGGUGUUGUGUGAUUCAGCAACCAAUAACAAAUACUCUGGCAAAUGUUUAGAAAAUUAUACAUAAAGAUAUAAUCUUUGUACUGUGUUCUAUGAAGAUUAUUAUUUUGGUAUUUUUAUGCUCAAAAUUUAUCCGUGUUUUUUAUAUAGUUGAUGUUGAAUGGAUGAGUCGAUAGUUGUAUUCUACCAGAAUGUUUUUUUUAUUUGAUGUUGUUUUUAUACUUAGUUAUUUGUUAUAAGUUUUUUUCCCCUGAUCAAACAAAAAUAGUGAAAAAAAAAAUUUGUUUGCAGUAAGCACAUGGGAUUCAUACUUGGCAUUAAACUACCGUUUCUUGUGAUCUGUAUGUUACCAAUAGUUUUAAUGAGGAAACAAAGGUGGUACUAUUUCAAUGAAGCCAAGUGGCAGAUGGAACUCGUUUUGCCUUUGUAAAGGCCAGACUUUUAGUAGAUGAAUUUAGGUUUUGAAAACAACCCAGUGAUUUUGAAUCAAAGUCUUAACCUGUAGUUCACAUAGAAAUGCAAUUGCUAUUAAUGCUCUGAAAUUCAUUUAACAUAAAAGAAUUGCUGUAGAUAGGACUAAUUGCCUUUUGAACAUGAUUUUUGUGUUUUUACAUAUCAGUACAGAGCUGGUAAAAUCAUGCAAACCAAAUUUUACUUUGCAGAUGAAUAUGCACAACUAAUACUUAUAUGUAAUGAUAUAUCCUUGACUGCAAUAUGAUGAAAAUUAUAGAUGAACUCAAAUAAUGUAUGUUUGUGUACAUGGUUACACUACACUCAUCACAUUACACUAUCACACCCCACAUCCCUCACACCAUACCAUACCACCUUAAACUAUAUGCACCAUAUCACAACAGUGUACACUUCACACUGUAAAUCAUACCAUUGAACACCAUGCACUGUGCUGCUUCAUACCAAACACCAUGCCAUAUCACAAUGCACACCAUACUAUCCACAUUCCCCACACCAUAAAAUUUCACAUUCCACACACUAUACCCCUUCACACAUAGGCCAUGCACAUAUACAAGGAUACAUUUACCUAUCCAUUAACAAAUAUAUUAUGAUUAUACCUGCUGUGGAAACUUUACAGUUAUUUAGUUAGCAAAUGUGUUGGACAUUUAAAGAUUUUUUCGUGUUUUGCAGAACAAACUACUGUGCUGUGGUAUUACAGUGGCCCAGUACCUCUGUAUUUGUAAAUUAGCUAAUGUGUUUAUUUUGUUACAGGAUUCGUUUUAGGAAAUGUUGUCGAUAUUUUCUGGAUAAUUUUGGUACUCACUGCAUUUGAGAAUGUCUUGGAUCUUAUAAUUCAUUGUAUAAUUUUUAUUAUAUAUGGAGAUAUUAAAGCAAGAAGAUGGAAGGAUAAAAAAGGCUGGUAUACAAGAACUUUUACCAGCACUACAUUUGCAUUCCAUUGUCAGUUCGGUAAAGUACAUUUUGAAGCACAAAACUUUUUGCUGUGGAACUUUCAGGUAAGAUUUUGUUUCAAAAUGAUGGGAAUUACUAGGAAAUUAUGUAAAGUUUAUUGAAAUGUUCCUUAUUUUGUUUAAUUUUCAGUUAUUUAAUAACAGCAGUGACUUCCACAUAUAAAUGUGUUGAUAUAUAGAAAUAACAGAGCACAGUAUGGUUACCAAAAGGAAUAUUACUGCAACUGUUUAGGUGCUAGAAAUUGAAGUUUCACACAGUAACUUAACUAUGCUAAAUACAAGUUAAGUAAUGUAGUACAGUGUUAAUGCCUUUUGAUUUGCUGUGAAAACAGGAAAUGGUCUUGGAUUGUUCAGAAAUAUGUUUAGUUAUCACACAAAUACCAGUGUUUUGAUGGUGAAAGUUGCUGGUGAUUUGAUUGUCAGUUGAAGUAAAUAAGUGAUAAGUUUAUACUUUUGUAAGCAUAUUGUAUGUAUUUGUAUUUAAGCACCUCAUAGUUAGUUUUUGUAUUAUUGCAAUGCACAAACUCAGUAAUCUUUUCUGAUUUAUUGCUCCAGAUAACCAAUUUGGUUUCUCUUAGCUCUGUAAGUUGUUUUAUAGGCAUUUAAUAGCAGUAGGAAACUGUAUAUUUGAUAGAUUUAGCUUUCCUUGUAUGGUGUAAAUCUUGUGGUACAGUUACCAUUUGGCUGCCUCUAUAUUUACCUAAGAUAAAUUUAGAUAUUCUGUUGGCUGAGUGAAUAAUGCAACUCUUAGUCAGCCUCUCCCUCUUUACUUUCCCCAGCGUCAGUUGUCUUUCCCCCAGCACCAAGUGUUCUCCUCGUUACCACAUCGGGUUUUAGUUUUCUGAGCUCCUUGAUCUUUUCUUGUAUGAGAAUUAUGACUUGCUAGUUGGUUGCUUAGCUUUUUCUAUCCUUUUCUUUUCUGCUUUACUUUAUUUCUCCCUCUUCAUGAUGCUUCUCCUUUUAUACUUUUUCACAACACCUUAUAAUUUUAUUCACAACUCUUUGUAUGUAUGUUUGUGUGUGUGUGCAUGUGUGUUUACAGUCUAAAUGUGGAGAAUUAGGAAUGUCAAAAAGGAGACAGGAAGGAAAAUCAUUCAGUAAUGAAUAUUUACCAACUGCAAACAAAUGUGAAAGCAGCUUCUUUAUUGGUUGUUUGGGGGAAUUUCAGUAAGGGAAGGCAAGAUGAAUUCUCUAGGUCAGUUCAGUUCAGUAUCAUGGAGAGUAUCUUCAUCGCAAGUUUUGCAUUAGGUUGCUCGGCAAUGUUACUCCUGAGGUUAGUCGUAUUCACUGAUGAUGUGCCUUACCUGAUAUACAUUGUGCUCACAGUGGACAAGCGUUGGUUUUGGAUUAUUUAAGAGGAGUGAUAACUGUGAAUAAUGCUGUGACAAAGGGGUUGACAUGUAAAUUUUAGAAGUUUGUUUCUUCCAAGAUACUUCUCCCUCCUCCAUUUUUUAGCAACCAUGACAGGGUGACCAUAUGGUAUGGUGAUGAAUCUUGUUUGAUGUCCAUGUUGCUAUGCACAAGGACUUUUCUGGAGUGGAAAGCUUCCCAGGUAGUUUUACUUUAGUGUUGGCAAGCUUUUGCUUGGACCAAUUGUUUUCACUCAGUCAUGGUCAGUCUUUUUGUUCUUGCAUGAAUCUCAUUCUAAAUAUUUGGUUGCCAAGAAGUCUGUUUGCUACACUUUUGUUAUCCAAAUGUUACAAUUUAGGCUACAUCAAGAAUAUUUUCUUACAGCCCAUGGAAAAAAUGUUUAACAAUUCACAGUAAACUUUUUUUUUUUUUUUUUUUUAUGCUGGGAAAGAAGGGUCUAGUUGCAAAAUGUACAAGUUAUAAACAAGGUAUAUCUGUAUAUCAAAAGAAGUUACCACACUGGAGUUGCUUUAGAUAGUAAACGUUCAGUCUAGGGAAGGGAAGGGGUUCUUUGUGUGUCAAUUGUUGACUUAGUUGGGCUUUACCUGAGAAAGGGCAUGGUUUGUUUAUUAGAGCACUUAACCUGUGUUCCAGUCAUGAAACUGAUGAUUUACAAGUAUUUUGUAUAGCCAGUCAUUGGUUUCAGAUCCCAAGCAUUGAGUUGAGAACCCUAAAAGCAAAUAUUAAUUUAUAGCACCCCUCAUGCCCAGGAAAUGCCCAAAUAUUCCUAUAUAGCACUCGUGAUACCUAGGAAACACAUCACCAGAUACUGGUAGUGCUUUAAUCUUCCUAAAAUGAGAGAUGUUGUCCAGAGGAUAGCUAGUGCUUAGUCAGUGCAAUAAACUUUUGUAUAUCCCAGAUUAAUUUUUUAAAGACUAAUAUACAGUGGAAGUUUUAUACUAAAUGUUGAAUGCAGCCACAGUCCAAAAUAUGUUUUCUUAACUGGUCUUUGUAAGAGUUUGUUAUGAGGGAUAUGUAUAUUUCUUUUUUGUGCCCAUGAUGACAAUUUAUAACUGUGAAUUAAAGAGGAAGAGUUUUACGAUCAUAAAAUCUCUGUAGUCCUGUGAACCAUAUUACAAAGAUAUCUCCUUAUCUUUUUUUGUGUGUGGUACAGAGAAUAAGGAAAUUAUUAUUUUAGGUAUUGCCCAGUGACUAAAUGUUUAAAAGUUUCUCCUUUUUUGGGGGAGUGGGGUAUUUCAAAGCACAGAAUUGUGGACUGUGCAAUUUCCACAUAACAUCAGUUUAAAUUGAAUGUUGAAUUUGAUGGACAUUUCUGUUGUAUGUAUCAUAUGCAGUCAACUAAUGUUAUGUUGACUGAUUUAUUGGCAGUGCAUUGAAACCCUGAAUUUGUAUAUGCAAAAGGAAAUGGUAUUGUACUGAAUUAGUCAUGUCUUCCUGUUAAUAGCACUUUGGGAUAAAAGUGCUGUGGUGAUUUUAAAUGUCCUAUAGUGGGCAGCUGAUGUGCAAACCUGCUCAGGUCGGAUUCAACUAAGUCAGCAUUUAGAAGUAAAACUGGAGGCCAAGCUUGUCCUGUUACAAAGAAGAAAACAAGAAAAGCAACAUUGAAAUUAUGCUCCAUCUUACUUUGCUUGUAUGCUGGUGUGUAUGCUAACAUUUUCCUAAAAUUCUACCAAUUCAGUGCAUUGUGCAUGUGAUAAUUAGCUCAAAUCACCAAAGUUGCCUUUCCUUGUCAGGGGUUUUAACUGUAAUUUGUAAUAUUUCAUAUCUUGGUGCAAAACAAAACAAAACAAAAAAAAAUUAAGAAGGAUUUUUUUUUUUAUCUAAGUGGAAACAAAAGUUGUUCUCAUUGCAUUAUGUGAACUUUGUAGUAACUUGUUUUUGAAGUUGUCAGUAUUUUUCUUAGCAUUUUAUAUAUUGAACCUUUGGAACUGUUUUAUACAAUGAACCACAAAAUGACAAUUUGUUAAUUGUUUAGAAACUCAAUAAAGAGAUCUUUUGUUUAA